CCGCCCCCCCCCCCCCGCCCCUCUCAUCCUCUUAUCAGCGAGUAAAGCGGCCGACAUGGAUGUCGUCAACCAGUUGGUGGCCCAGGGGCAGUUCACAAUAAUCAAGCAACCGCUUGGAUUUAUAAAAGUCCUCCAAUGGAUCUUUGCCAUCUUCGCCUUCUCCACAUGCGGAAGUUACUCCGGCAUGUUCAAGAUGAGCGUGGAGUGUAAAAAACAGGCGGAGAGCGACCUGGGCAUCGAAGUGGAAUUUGAGUAUCCGUUCAGGCUGCACCAGGUCUACUUUGACGCCCCCACCUGUAAGGGGGGCAACCCCGAGCGUCUGUUCCUGGUCGGCGACUACUCUUCCUCGGCGGAAUUCUUCGUCACCAUCGGCGUCUUCUCAUUCCUCUACUCCAUGGCGGCCCUCUCGGUCUACUGUUUUGUCUUGGAGAAGUACCGUGAGAACAACAAGGGGCCCCAGAUUGACUUCGUCGUGACGGCGGUGUUCGCCUUCAUGUGGCUGGUGUCGUCUUGCGCGUGGGCCAAAGGCUUGUCCGACGUGAAGACGGCCACCGACCCCGAGAGAGUCAUCACCCUCAUCACGGCCUGUGACGAGCGAGAGAAUCGCUGCCGCGAGGUCUACGACCCCAAAGUCUCCGGACUCAACACUUCGGUGGCGUUUGGAUUCAUCAACCUGAUCCUGUGGUUAGGAAACCUGUGGUUCGUCUUCAAGGAGACGGGCUGGAUGGCGGCCUUCGCGGGAACGUACAUGCCGUCGCAGGAAAAGCAGCCCGCCCCCGAUUCCUUCGCCCAGGGCGGCUACGGUCAGCAGGACCCCUACGCCGGCUCCCAGGGGGGCUACCAGCCCGAAUAUGGCCAGCAGGGGGGCUACAACGAGGACGGCGGCUACAGCCAGGGCUACGAACAGCAGCCCACCUCCUACUCCAAUCAAAUGUGAGCCUGCAAGAUGGGUGACCUUGGGAUUCCGGCGCUCGACCGCCGCCUGCAUUUCUGCACUCGUCUGUUAGUCUGUUUGUGUACAUGUGAGUCGGGGUUGGGGGAGGGCUCGACGCGGGAUAGGCUGGGGGGGAAAAAAGGCCAAAAGUGGGUCGACGACACCUUUAGGGAUCGGGACGGGGUCAGGGAGGGAGGGGGGGUCGGAGUCUUGGCUGUAAACAUGAUGUUUAUUCUCGUGAUGUAUUUAACUAUAGAAGACAAUGGAGGAUUGUCUGUUUGGUUAUGCGAGAAAAAAAAAAAAAAUUCACAAAAAAACUUGAAUACAAAAACCAAAACAUGCAUCGAACAUUUCAGACGAAAUCUUGUCAUGGGGGGGGGAGAAAAAAAAAGACUUAAUAUUGGUGGGCGCGGUUAAAAACAUUGUAGUAAUAUUUAACUUGAGAGAAUGUAUCGUCUGUGCUGUGUAAAUAUGAAAAUGCUAAUAUAUAUAUGUAUAUGAUUUGUAUAUGUGUAUGUAUACAUAUAUAUAUAUAUAUAUACAUAUACAUAUACAUGAUUCUGUGUACUCCCUUGAAUAAUUGUGCACUCCAUAUUAGUUGUUAUACAACAAAUGUAGAGCACAGAGUUAUUCAACUGGACUGACUCGGGUUCUGGUCUUGGAGUGUCCCGUUUGAUCGUUGCCCUUCAGCUCCUCUCCCGUACAGUAUUCACGCUGACAUUAUUAUUAUUGUUAUGAUUUUGUCUUUUCUGGCAUCUUUUUCAUGUUAUGUUCUGAUUGGCGUUUUACGGUGGGGGUGGGGGGAAACGGCGUUAGAAACGGGACUAUAAAGGGGAGCCCCACCCCACCCGCGUUUUUCAAGGCGCCCACAAAAAUCGGGAGAUGCGGAAGUGGGAGGAAAGCGGGCGUGGCGGGCGUGGCGGGUGUGGCAUCGCAUCUAUACAACUCCACCAAAUGGACGUUGGUUUGUUUGUUUUUUUUUACCAGGAUGAUCACAAAUGCAACAUUUUGCGGGAGGGGGGGCUGAAAAAGGGGUUAGGUUAGGUUUGGCCUAUGAAUAAUUGCAAGGGGGGGGGGUCUUCGCACUGCAUCCACCUUAAUUAAUAACUAGUAAUUAUGUGCAUAGCAAGGUGACCUUUAGCAGUGCUUUGAAAUGGAUUUUUUUUUCCCACUUAAAUUCUCUGGGUGUGUGUCGUUCCCCCCACCCCCCCAGCGUCCCCGUUUCCAAUUUAUCUUGCCGAUAUUUCUGACUUUCCCGAUUGCGUCUUGUCGUUCGGCCAGAUUUUGUCAGUGAAUUUCAUCCCGUUUGUGCGUUUCAUAAAGUUCAUGUAAUUUUGUUCCCGCCUCACGUGAACUUUGACCCGCGGCGAAAGAAAAUCAGCUCGAGUCCACGUUUUAAGACCUUUCGAAAGUCGUCCGAACAAAAAAAACCGGCGGUGACGUUUCUUCGCAAAUCCUUCCUUCCUCGCGCCCCCGUCGAACGGCGAGUGAAAUUACCGCAGGCGUCGUCUCGCUCUUGCCCUGAGGCACCCCUCAUCUCAUUGGAGAAGCUGGAGGACGGCGGCGGACCAUCUACAGUUCCACAAAGCACAAUUCAGGCAAUAAAGAUAAUUCAACGGCUCUGCCGGUUGCGUCUGACGCGGUUGCCGACGCGUCGCCCUUUGUAGUUUUUGCUUCCGACGCGGACUUCACCUCGUCCGACGCCUCGCUUUUGGAUUCGCUCUUUCUUUCCAAAACAUCCUUUUCUUCUCUCCGUAGCUCUUCUAAAUAUGCUCCAAUGAAAUAUACUCUGUUGUUAGUGGUGAAUGACGUCUUGUGAUACUCUACACCUUUGGAUAGUGCCGUGUUUAUUGUGUAUGAUGUAUACAUAUUAGUAUUUAUGAUCAUGAUAAAGUCAGAGAUGGAACAAUAUCCAAAACUCUCCAGAAUUAUGCUGUAUUCUUUCUGUAUGGGCUCCAUGUGAAACAAAAAUGAAAUAAACUUGAAAUUAUUCUGUUGAAGGUUAGUAUGUGUACUUCUGUUCAAAUAUAUUUUUUUUGUUUUUGGGAAAUUUGCCUGUUUAUAAUUGUUUCACAAAAUAUAGCUGCUUAUCCUCACAAGGGUUGCUGGAGCCCAUCCAAGCUAUUUCCGGGCACCCUCAAACCAGCCCAAAUACAAUUUGCAAUAAUAUUUAUAAAUGAGGAUGCACACUGGUUCAGCUGGUAAAGCGUUGGCCUCACAGUUCUGAGGACCUGGGUUCAAUGCCGGACACGGCCUGUGUGGAGUUUGCAUGUUCUCCCCAUGCCCAAGUGGGUUUUCCCCGGGCAGUCCGGUUUUCUCCCACAUCCCAAAACCAUGCGACAUUAAUUGGACACUCUAAAUUGCCCCUAGGU